UAUGAAAGGCAAGUUUCCAAAAGUUGCGAGAUCUAUAUUUAUCUUACAAUCGCGUCAGCAUCACAGCUUGAGAAAAACAUUUCACUGACUUCCAUUGGCCUUGACACCGCUAUACUACCACUCGCUGGACGUCGAAAUAGCAAUGCCACGCAUAGCACCGCGGGUAGCCGAGGCAAUUAUACUGCCAAGCGGGCUCUCGCUGGACAAUCGUCUCAUCAAAGCAGCUAUGGCAGAAGGUAUGGCUGUUAAUAGCCAACCCAGCGAUGAGUUAAUCAAUGCCUAUGCCGAAUGGGCUCCUGGUGGCUGGGGCGCUCUUAUUACAGGAAAUGUUAUGGUCGAUGAGCGUCAUUUGAAUAGCCCCGACGACGUUGUUGCCACUGCCGGGGAUGGAUCGUUAUCCUGCUGGACUCGCUGGGCCAAGGCUAUGCAGGCAAAUGGGGCUGCCGGCAUCGUGCAGAUCUCUCACCCCGGUCGUCAAUCUCCAAUUGGAGCGGGUGCCAGAGGACUUUGGGCAAAAACGGUCGCCCCCAGCCGUGUGCCACUGGACCUUGGGCCUGGCAUCAUCGCUUGCACGGCUCGUAAAUUGAUCUUCGGCACCCCAAGAGAGCUAGAAGAAAAGGAGAUUGAAGAUAUCGUCGAAAGAUUCGUAUCAGCCGCAAAGCUGUCCCAUGCAGCCGGAUUCAAAGGCGUGGAGCUCCAUGCUGCCCACGGCUACCUAUUAGCUCAAUUCCUCUCCCCAAAGACAAAUCUGCGCGAAGAUUCAUAUGGCGGAACAGUGGCAAAGCGAGCGAAAAUAGUCGUUGACAUUAUUAAGCGCAUUCGUGCUGAUGUCCCGAAACCAUUUUGCAUCGCCCUGAAGAUCAAUUCAACAGACUAUCAAGGAGAAGCCGGGAUUUCCCAGAUGAUUGAGCACCUAUCCCUCUUUGAAAUGGCCGGUAUAGACUUUCUCGAGCUUAGCGGCGGCACGUAUGAGGAUCCGCAGAUGAUGCACGGCAAGAAAGAAGAUGCACCUCAGGACAAGCCUGCCCUAUCUGCCCGCUCCGCCGCUCGAGAGGCUUUCUUUCUUGACGCUGCCCGAUCGGUCCGCGCGCAGUUCCCAAACAUUCUUCUUCUCGUCACCGGCGGGUUCCGCAGUCGUGCGAGCAUGGAGGAUGCCCUUGCGAGUGGGGCCUGCGAUCUCAUCGGCAUCGGACGACCCGCUGCGGUGACUACCACUUUACCCAAUACAAUCAUUUUCAACGAGAAUCUCGAGGCGGCUGCCGCAAACUUUAAGGUCGGUCCAGCACCAGUCCCUAGAUUGCUAAAGAUGUUGCCGAUGAGCCGGAUCAUUAGUGGAGGAGCCGAAUCUAAGUACUUUAGACGUCAAAUUCAGCGGAUUGGUAAAGGCCUCUCACCCAUAGAGCCUCCUCUUGCUGGAUAGUGUUGCGUUGAUUUUGAACCUGGAUAGAAAAUAAUUACAGACUUGGAAAUUGAGAUCUAUGCGGGAUGGACGUUUGGGAAUACUUCCCUCGAAGAUUGAAUAUUCAACAAACUACUUUGUUUGUUUUAUUUCUUGCACUAUACCUUCUUCACUUGGCGUUGAUGUCCAACUUGGAAAAAUACCCACCUCCGAGAUCAAGUUCACUUGUCCAGAUGCCCCUCUGAUUAUAUUGGUCCCUGGCGUACUUUUUAACAAAACUUUCGCAACUGCUGAUAAAUUGGUAUCAUUGGUUUGAUGAUAAGCUUUUAGGAAUAAAUG